AUGAUUGGUACGCAAAUUAAUAUGCUAAAUCCAUACUUGGAAAAACUAGAAAUAAGGCCUAAACAUAUAAUUGCUCACGAGUAUGGUGCUGGAUCAAGAUGUCUAAACUGUAAUUGCCCAGGACUUGAUCUUCAUUUUUGGAGAAAAAUAUGUAAAACAUGUAGUUGUAGAAUGGAUGAACAUGAUGUUGUUAUGCCAUCAAAUUUUGAUCAUGGUGCACAUAUCAAGAAACUUUUAAUUGACCAGUCCAAUUCACAACCAUCAAGAGAUAGUGAAAAUUUUAUAAAUUUAAGAAAAAAAAUUGGUACAGCAAUAUUUCAUAAAAAAGAACAUUCAUUGGAUAAUAGUAGUACUAAUACUUCAAUUCCACCAACACCUAUAAAUUUAAAUAAUUCAAGAGAUACUCAUAAAGAAUCUCUUUAUGGUAAAAUAAAAAAAAAUAAUGUUAACAUAAUAAAUGAUAGUAUCUCUAAAGAUAAAUUCAAAAAAAAUAAUGAGUGUACUAAUAAUGAAAAUGAUAGGCAAAUUCCUGAAUAUACAUGGCUUCCACAGGGUGUAGCAGAACAUGUUAUUCUUGAAUAUAUGAAUUCAAUACCAGAAAAUGAUAGACCAUUAAUUGGAACAGAAGGUGAACAAGUUAGAAGAACAAAAUUAGCUUACCAAUUGCCAUAUCAUGAUUCAGAUUCAUCUGCUUGUAAAUCGUUACAAAAGAAUGAAGAUAUUGAAUUGCACAAAAAAUUUGUUGAAAAAAUAAAAAAGAAUGUCGUUGGUGUUGGAGAAAUUAUUGAUAGAAGAGAGUUUAAAAAUUGUAGUAGUCAAACACCAAAUGACGUAUCAUGUCAGACUAAUACUUAUCAAAAUGUUGAAUGUUAUAAUUGUAAUAAUAAUCUCCAUAAUACAAAUGUUAUUGUUGAUACUUCAAAAGGUCCUGGUAAAGACAUUUUUCAUCCAAAAUGUUUUAGAUGUGAAGUUUGUAAUCAAUUACUUGUUGACUUACUAUAUUUUUACCAUAAUGAUAAAUAUUAUUGUGGAAGACAUUAUGGUGAACAAAUAUAUUCAAGAUGUUUUGGUUGUGAUGAGUUAAUUUUCCAAAAUGAAUAUACAUUUGCUGAAGGAAAAAAUUGGCAUAUUGAACAUUUUUGUUGUUUUAGUUGUGAUAUGUCACUAGGUGGUCACAAAUAUUGUGUCAAAGAUGAGAAACCAUAUUGUAUUACAUGUUAUAUGAAUAAAUUUGCAAAGAAAUGUGAAACAUGCAAUCAAAAAAUUCCACCAGACCAGGAGAGGUUAACACAUAGUGAUUUAAAUUGGCACGCAACACCAGAAUGUUUCAAAUGUUUUACUUGUAAAAAAUCAUUAAAAAAUUCACCAUUUAUGUUAAAAACUAACAAAUUAUUUUGUUCAGGAAAUUGCCGUAAUGCUUACAAAGAAUAG